AUGUCUAGGGCGGAAAUUCUCGAUAUCGGCCGUAAGAUCGACCUAACAAUGCUCCCGGUCGCAAGUGGCGCAGCCUUCGACUUGCACGCCGAGGAGCAUAACACACGAUGCCACCCCGACACCCGAACCGAGCUCCUUUGCCAGAUCCAGGAGUGGGCAAACGAUCCUCAAGCCGAGAGCAUAUUCUGGCUGAAUGGCAUGGCAGGGACGGGGAAAUCCACCAUCUCUCGAACCGUGGCCACCUCGUUCGCCAAAGACGGCCUGCUUAGUGCGAGCUUCUUCUUCAAGAGGGGAGAAAGCGACCGUGGCAAAGCUAGCUUGCUUUUCCCUACUAUUGCUAGUCAGCUUGUGUGCCAAAUCCCUGCCCUAGAGCCUUCCGUCAGAAAGGCUAUCGAUGCCGACGUUCCUAAGAAGGCACUGAGAGACCAGCUCGAAAAGCUCAUCCUCCAACCUUUUAGCAGCAUUCACCGUACCACGGCAGUUGUGAUCGUCGUUGACACUCUCGACGAAUAUGAUGGAGACGAAGACAUGAAGACUAUUAUCUCCCUGCUUGUAUAA